AGACAAUUGACAAAAAACGUAGAAGAAGAGGCGUUGGCCUGGCUGCUGGAAAUUUAACACGGAGAAGAAAACACGCUGUUAAUGGGAUGUUUUGUUCAGUUAUGAGGUUUUGAAUGCCCCUCUGUAUGGGAUAACAUCGUUCAAAAUGCAGCACAGAAGCUGUAUGAUUGAAUAGAUUGAAAUGCUGGCAUAAUCUGACACUAUUUUACAGACAUGCCGUGGUACCGAAACACCAAGCGGAAGUAUAUAUUUUAAACAAACAGUCCAGGAUUCAUCACACAGGAGCAGUGAAAGUCAAACUGUUCUUGUGUUUUUCAUCAGAGAGCUGGUUCUCCUCGUAGACAGAAGCUCAAAUUGAGCUGUCUUCAUAUAGACCAUGGUAGAUAAUCGCUACGCCACAGCUCUUGUCAUUGGCUCUGUGCUGAGCCUGUUGGCCACCGUGUACCUCUCUGUGGCUGUGGGAACCCAGCACUGGUACCAGUACAGCAAUCCAUCAGUCACACUUGAGGGGAUCAACAUCACCGUGGUCAAAGAAGAGUUCAUCAGUGGGGAGUUUGAUGAGAAGACGUACAGCGAAAACAUGUUCCGCUUGAACGGCACGCUGGGUCUUUGGUGGAGGUGCAUCCUGUUGCCCAGCCGGUCACACUGGUUCAAAGAGCCAGAUCCCAAGAUGGAGACGCAGUGUGUGAGCUUCACUCUUCCUCAGCAGUUCAAUCCAAAGUACAAACAACCCGGAAACCAUAACAGCGAAGAAGAUCUGCUGAGAACAUACUUGUGGAGGUGCCAGUUUCUCCUGCCCUUGGUGUCACUGGCCUUGGUGUUCCUCAGUGGCCUCAUUGGGGUCUGCGCCUGCCUGUGCCGCAGCUUCACCCCGACAUUGGUUGUAGGAGUGCUCCAUCUUCUCGCAGGUCUGUGUUCUCUGGGCUCUGUCUGCUGCUUCCUGGCCGGGGUGGACCUGCUCCACCAAUAUUCCACACCGCCUGAAGGGGUGGAGGGCUCACUGGGCUGGUCCCUCUACCUCGCCCUCAUUUCCUUCCCUCUGCAGAUGAUGGCAGCUGCUUUGUUCCUUUGGGCGGCUAGGAGUCACCGCAAAAACUACACCCGCAUGACUGCUUACAGGGUAGCCUAAAAGAGAGACUGCUCUGACCGUCCACUGCUCUUAAGACUUUUAAAAAUGGUCCAUACAAAUGGACUUUUCACUUCCACUUAUCUUUAAAUAUAGAAACAUUUCCUUGGUAUCACAGGUCACCUACACACUUAAAGCAGGGAUAAACUAAACCAGUUUGUAGCUAAAUCAUCAUAAGUGCUGAUAAAUAGAGGUUUAAUAGCGUCUAGUUGUGAUAUCUUUAUUUUCUAGCAUCUGUAACCUGUAUCUUACCCAAAGCAUGUUCUUAAUGUAUUUAAACAUCCAGAUGUUAUGGAUCAUUUGUUAUAUCUGGUGUGAAUGGUGUUGGUGUGCAUUAUUUGAUUGCCUUCUUUUUGGUUGCCAUUGCUUUUACAGCCACUCAUCACCUUACCCUUAACUGAGUUAUAGUUCAUAAACUUGCACUGUAGCAAAUUUUAAACCUGCAGUUACCCAAGUAAGGGUAGCGUUUCUCUAAUGCUGCAUGAGAAAUAUCAAAUAAGCCUAUUUUUCCUUAUUUUCAGUUCUAUUUUUUUACAUAAUCUGAAAUAUGGAGCCUUUGCUGUGCAUGCCUUUUUUUAAGGUGACAUUUCAGUCAUCUGUGGUAAUUGUUGAUUUCAGUCUGUGGUAUGUGUUGACUAAAUGUCACAAAAUGUCACUCACUAAAAAUGUAACCACUCAUUCUCCAUGUUUGUACAUCUAAUAUUUAUUAACACGGUUAAUUUGAAUGCAAAAAAACCUGAAACCUGUGACCUCUUUCUAAUAUUUAAAUUCUGAUGUUUCAGCCCCAAAUUGUACUACUGCCAUUUGUUGAAGUGAAGAACUACUUAAAAUGUUUUUCUUACUCGGGCUGCAGUUUCAUCAUUUACUCAACUGAUUGUUUUGACAGCCAAAGAUACGUUUGCAUCAAUUUCAGCCUUUUAAAUGCAAAGUACUUUGAAUUACAAUGGAUUUUUCAAGUGCAAAUCAUUGAACGCAUUAUGAUUUUACAUCUUUACAUUUUACAUUUGUGUAGAAAAUUAAUGAAUUUUCUAUUUUUUGGUGUCAAAUUCUAAAAUUACUCAAAUGUGGAAUCGAGAUUGUGAUGUUUUUGUGUCACAAUGUUUUGUUACAUGUCUAAUGUGUACACACUCUGGCUUUUGUAUGUUUCUAUGUAUUCUGAAGCACACAGUGCUUGUUUCUGUAUGAAUAAAUUUGACUUUUUGCUGA